CGCUGCUCUCUCACCGAGGCUCGCUCACCGAGUCUGCAAAUUGCAAAGCAUCAUCUCACUCUCUCUCUCUCCCCCCCUCUGCUGUGUCGAGAAAUGAACAUCGAGAAACCCGUUAAAACCCAAUUCAGGAUAUGAAUUUCUUUUCAUUCCUUUAUUCUUUUUUCAUUUCCCUCCAAGCAAAUCCCUCUCCUGAGAAACUAUUAAAUAUCACUCGCUUCUUCUUCCCAUAACCACUAACCAGUUCUUGCUGUGCCACCGUCAAACUCUUUCUUCUUGUUUUCUCUCUCUCUCUCUCAAACACACAGAGACACGCACAGUCUUGUCCCAAGGAAGAUGGAUAAACAACGCCGCCAUAAGCAAGCCAGGACCAGCAGUUGUUGCUCCGACGAGGUGAGCAGCAUUGAGUGGGAGUUCAUAAACAUGUCAGAGCAAGAAGAAGACCUUAUUUACAGAAUGUACAAGCUCGUUGGCGACAGGUGGGCGUUGAUUGCGGGUCGGAUUCCGGGCCGGAAGGCUGAGGAAAUUGAGAGAUUUUGGAUCAUGAGACAUGGAGAGGUGUUUGCUGAGAGAAGGAGACAGCUGAGAAGACACAAGUCCUGAUGUUAAAUGCCAAUUUCCUUCUAAAACAUCAGAUUUCUAGAUAUCUAGAUUUUUUCUCUCUGCUCUAUCCUCUGUUACUUAUUUUUUGGGGUGCUAAAUCUGUAGCUUCUCUCCUUUUCCUAGGAUUAGUUCGGAUUAGAUUAGAUUAGAUUAGAUUAGAUUAGAUUAGAUGCGUAAAGUGUCACAAGGUUUUUUGGGUUGGAUGAAAUUGAAAGUACCUAUGGCUGUGACAUUCCCAUUUGGCUAGAUUAUUAAUGAGACGGAACAUUUGGGCUCUCGAAA